AUGAACACUUCUAGCAGACGCGGCUCUAGCUCUCGUUCUACCAUUACUACUGCUGCCAGCUCAUCCUCUUCUAGUGGUAAGCAUUCUGCUGUCAAGACUGCUAAUACAACCAGUAGCAGCGCAAAGAGUGCUGGGCCAAAAGGCGAUAACUUGUACGAAUGGGCAUCUACUAUUACAGGACCUACAGGUUCUCCAUACGACGGUGGUGUUUUCUUCUUGGACAUUACUUUUCCACAAGAUUACCCGUUCAAGCCUCCAAAGGACAAUUGGUCUCCUGCCUUGACGAUUUCCAAAGUCUUGUUGUCGAUAUGCUCGCUGUUGACUGAUGCCAAUCCACAUGAUCCUUUGGUCGGAAGUAUUGCACACCAAUAUUUGCAUAAUCGCGAAGAACACGACAAAGUCGCCAAAGAAUGGACUAAACGUUAUGCUUCUUGA